AGACCAAAUAUAUAAAAUAUACGACAAUAAGAGAAGAUAUGAGAAAAUAUAUUCUAGAAUUUUAAAGUGGUAUUUAAUCUUGUAAGUGUAUCUGCAACCAAAUCAGUUUCUUCUCCUGAGUCAGUCGUGGAAUAAACCAGCUCUUAAAUCCACAUGAAUAUAUGUGAGAUUGUGCAGUUUGCUACAGAUGCGGGUUGUGAGCUCUGACUGGUGAUUCUGAAGGCCUUAUGGCAGAUUCCUUUGACCCUGGAAACACGUGCUGGGACGCUGAAAUCUGAUUGGAUAGAAACUCUAACAUGAUCGUACACUAGCUGAAGCAGUGCAACCAAGAAAAAAGCUAUUUAAUGAAGAUAAUAGACUACUAAAAUAAUUUGAUACAUACUCAUGGACAAAAAUAUAUUAAAGCAUAACUCAAGAUUCUGAAUUGUUGAACCUGUACGGAUCUUCAGGUGUCCCUGAGGAGGAACCCUUUAAUAUUCCAUGUAGAUUUUUAAACCUGAGAGUUUCCUACCAGGAUGAACCAUUUCCCUGUGUGUGUGUGUGUGUGUGUGUGUGUGUGUGUGUGUGUGUGUAUGUGUGUGAGGGAAGUCUUUGUGAGUGUUGAGGCAUUACAGGGGGAUUAUGGGAGUUCAACCAGCUCAUUUAUGCUGCACACUUCAUUACCCUCAGAGCAGAGCAGAGUGGAUUACAGCAGGACAGACUAAUGCACACCCAAAUCUCUGUUUAAAUAUCUGUUUUAUUUCACACACACACACACACACACACACUCACACAGAGCAUCACAUCUCUGUCCCAGACUGGAGCAUGACCUGACUGCUUCUCGUCACCAGUCUACACACUUCUUUCAUCUUAUUUUUGUGAUUUGAGACGCAGCCAGCUGAAACCCUCGCCACCAGGAACUCAGGGAGUGAGAUGACCCCAAGGGAUCAGCUGAGGAAAAUGACAGCGUUAGGAGAGCAGGAUGAUAAACACUGGUACAGACUUGUUAAUAGCAUGUCUGUUGGAGAACUGAGACAGAGGCAGGAGAUGAUGAUGAGGAACCCGAUGGCUUUGAACCCACAGGUUCUUACUCAGGCACAGCAGAGACUGCAGCUGGAGCCACGCUUCAUCGACAGGGAUCUGGUCCCUCCCAGUGAUAUUGUCUCGUCGUCGGAGCCCCGUCCCCUGGCCCCCCCGCUGCCCCCCCACUCCACCGUCCUCACAGGAAGAAGCUUCAGUUCAGCAGGAGGUUAUGGUUUCCUUCCACCAGAAUCCAUGGAAACGGUUGCAAGGCGACAAGAGAUCAUCCACAAGCAGAACAUGGCCAGGAUGGAGAUGAACGCCAUUCUGCAGCAGAAGGAACUGGAGAACCAGCAGAAGACCUUACUGACCAACAUGGAGAACCCGCUGGUGUACCAGCACCUGAUGCAUCCCAGUACUGCCGUGUUCCGGGGACGCCAUCGCCUCCACGACAGCAACGAAGUCUUCGACCUCCACGCCAACAGCUUCCUGAUGUCUGGUCCUUACCCACCAAUCAGUACUCUGCAGAGAGAGAAGGGGCGGCGCCCUGGCAGGAGAGCAGCCAAUCAGAGGUUUUCAGACAGCAGCACUGCGUUUCAGACAGAGAGGAACCAGACGGAGGAGAAGAGCGUAGACGAGAGUCCUGGAGGAGCUUCAGGAGAGGAAAAGGAACCUGAACCAGAGGGUAGAAUGGAGCCCUGUAGUGAAGCUAAUGCUAAUGCUAAACAUCAGCAGGCUAAAGUGGAGCUAACAGGAAUGAAAAGAAACGGAGAGCAGAGUAAAAUAUGUGUCACUCACACAGACACCGCAAACAUCAGCGUUGCCAACGGAGACAAGGACAUGGACAAGUUUCUGUUCCCGCCCACCACAGCGCUCCCAGCGUUCCCCUACAUGUUCCCCCUGGGAGGAAACACACUACUGCCCCCUGCACAUGCUAAUAUGUUCCUGAACACAGAUGAGAUCUCCACCAUGGAGGAUCUUCGCAAGUGGGGGGUUGAUGAUGUGUACAACUUUAUCAGAAACAUUCCCAGCUGUUCUGAACAUGCUCAGAUGUUUAAAGAUCACAUGAUCGAUGGAGAAACUUUACCGCUGCUUACAGAGGAUCAUCUACUGGACACGCUGGGGCUAAAGCUCGGGCCUGCUCUCAAAAUACGCUCUCAGGUGUUAAGACGGAUGGGCGGAGCUCUUUGCAUGACAGCCCCGCCCCUUCAGCCAACGCUGGAGAAACACGUGGAACGGUCACGUGACCUCAUUUCCCCUCUGCCCUGCAGCACAGAAUUACCCCCAAGCCCCGGGGUGGGUGAGUGUGAGGCUCUUAGACCUCCUGCUGGGGACACGCCCACGCCCACUUCCACAAACAACACUACUGCCUGAAGGGGGCGCUGUUUAAUCCCCACCCGUACACACACAUACAAUACACACACUGAGCUUUUAAUUAUUGCUUUACUCACACCGGCAUCAAGCUGUGUUUUAUUCUGUCUCUGUCUCAGAUCAUUAGUUGUAGCUGCUGAGGGAGAUAAUAAUAAUAAUAAUAAUAAUAAUAAUAAAAACAGUAAUAGUUUAACUCAGGUUUUUGGAGUGUUUAGGUUUUCAGUAAUUUGGUAAAAAUUGUUAGCUGCAUUUUUGUUUUUGUUUACAAGUCAUUAAUAAUUGAUUUCAGUGUGUAUUUGUAAAUAUAAACUUUUUAACAUUAUUACGUGAUUAUUAUCCCGUCUUUUUAAAAUCUCUGAAUAAAAGCGUCUCUGAUGAUCCUCG